AUGUCGGUUCAUGGGCCGUAGGAGUUUCCGCCUCUCCGUGCGUAUAGGCCCACUCCGCUGGCCGUCAUCGGGCAGCAGGCCGAGGAGAAGAGAGGAGGGGAGGAAAAGUGUGUUUACACAGACGGCAAAACCGCCUGGGGAAUCGUCGGGGAGAGGAAGUCAGCCGGCUCUGUGUCUGCCUGCUCCAACUUCCUGCUCACGAGAAGAAAAAGCACAGGAUCCUAUUUCAGUCCCGCACAACCGUAGCGGAGCGGGGGAAAGCAUGGAAAAACAAGGAGUCACACGAGCUGCGCCGUAAAAGUUCCUCGGAGGGAAGACGACCCGAGUCACAGAUCGCAGGUAUGGACAGUGCCAUCACUCUUUGGCAGUUCCUGCUGCAGCUGCUGCUCGACCAAAGUCACAAGCAUCUGAUCUGCUGGACGUCCACGGACGGAGAGUUCAAGCUCCUCAAGUCCGAGGAAGUGGCCAAGCUCUGGGGGCUGCGCAAGAACAAGACCAACAUGAACUACGACAAGCUGAGCAGAGCGCUGCGCUACUACUACGACAAGAACAUCAUCAAGAAGGUGAUUGGACAGAAAUUCGUCUACAAGUUUGUGUCCUUCCCCGAGAUCCUGAAGAUGGACCCCCAGGCCGUCGAGAUGGGCCUGGCUUCCGGAAGGUUCCCCCCCCUCCAGGAAGGGGAGGCGUCAGAGGUGGAGGUAGAGGAGGAGGAGGAGGAGGAAGAGGAAGUGGAGGAGGAGGCCCAGAGGAGGGCCCUGGCCGCCCUGAGCGCGCAGCAGCGCCGCAACGACUACCUCCGCUCGGGGCUCUACUCCUCCUUCACCGUCAGCUCCUUGCAGAACCAGCCGGAGCUGCUCCGGGCCCUGCGGGAGCGCCGGGAGGAGCCGCGCUCCGUCAUCCGCUUCGGCACCAACGCCGGCGAGAGGAGCUCCCCUCCCUCCGCCGCGCCGCAGUCCUACGUCCCCCCCGGGUCGUCCAAGCUCCGCUCGCCACCCUCUCCCCUCAGCCGUCCCGGGCGGAGCUGGAGCCCCGCGGCCAGGGAGGAGGAGGAGGAGGACUCUGACCAGAGCGCUCAGCCCCUCAACCUCUCCUCCGGGUACAGGGAGCGAGCCCUGCCCCCUCCUCAGAAGAGGAGCAGCAGCAGCAGCAGCAGCAGCGGUAGAAGUAGCUCUACCAGUAGUAGCGGUAGCAGCAAUCAAGGAGACGGACUCCCACCCAAAAGCAAAAAACCCAAAGCUCUGGAGAUCUCGGCGCCGUCCGUGCUGCUCGCGGGGAGCGACAUCGGCUCCAUCGCCCUCAACAGUCCGGCGCUGCCCUCCGGCUCCCUCACCCCCGCCUUUUUCACUGCACAGAGAGAUGAUGGAUCUGUCCAGAGCGUGACGUCAGUGUCCCUAAAGCGGUCUGAGAGCGGCAGGAGACAUGUGACGCAGCCUGGCAUGUGCUGGUGGAAAGACUACUGCCAUAUUUCUUUAAAUAGUCACUUAAACCAAAACUUGCUUGCGAUACAGAGAGACAAGACUCCCUCUGGUUUGCUGUUGGCUCACAGUCCGCUGUUGUCAGGCAUCCAUUUCUGGAGCAGUUUGAGCCCCGUAGCGCCGCUCAGCCCCGCCCGUCUGCAGGGCCACGGCUCCCUCUUUCAGUUCCCCAGCCUCAUCAACGGACACAUGCCUCUCCCCCUGCCAAACCUGGAAGGAACACCCUCCUCCCUGCUCCUGUCCCCCACAACUCACAAGUCCUGAUCCCCCCCCCCCCCCCCUCCCCCUCUGCCCCAUCUUCAUCCACUUCUCGUUCUCACCAUCAGCAGCGACCUGUGGGCCGUCUGGUUCGUUUUGCUUCGUAAAAAAGUGCCACGAGACGGUAUGUGACCUCACUUUUUGUGGGUUUUUUUUUGCACUUGAGUUGCUUCGGAUUCCAGGGCGGUUGAGCCCACCUGGUAAAAGCCAUACGCCGCGGCGUCUGAGAGACGUCUGGCUCUCUGUGAUGAAGUACAGCACAUGGACAGUAGUGACGUGCAGCCAGCUGCAAAAAGGGCUAGCUUGUUUUUUAUCUUGUUGAAAAAAAAAAAAAAAGUAAUCUUUUUUUCCCCCCUGAGUGUUCUUCACAUUGUGAAACCAGUUGUUUGACAUGUGGAGUGUUGUAUGCACUAUGCUUCUCAGAUAGUACCGGCUGUGCCUUGUUGUCCUAUAUUUCUUUUAAUGAAGACGAGAUUUCAAAUUAAUGAAAACAUUUAACACUUGUAAAGUUCCUUUUUUUAUACUGGACUUGGUAUACGGUUUGUAUUCUGUAUCAUUUUGUAUUGUGAAAAAUGUCUUGUCAUUUUCAAUAAACAAAGCAUUGAA